GAUAUUUUAUUGCAGAGAACGACUGGUUUCCUCAGCACACGCUGGUGAGGGAGCACGAUUUCCUUAAAAUUAUGUAGGUGGCUUUCUCCUUACGCGCAACCGAGCCGUGAAAACCCAUUAUGUUAGGCAUCCUUGUGAGAAUUACUAUCCGUUUUAUAACUGCCACUCUUGUCCUUGUGAUGUUUCUGUCUGCUUUAAGUGCGUGGCGAUUUUUCUUUUGGCAAAUACCGUUAUUUAAUCUGGAAAGCAUCACGCUGACGUGAGAUGGUGAGGCAGAGACGGCUUAAGGGAGGAAAAAACACGGGAUCCCAUUUGAGAAUGUAAGAAGAAUUUUAUUUAGAGGCUACAGAAGAGAGACUAGGGCGACAGCAGGGGAAGUUAAACUGUGGUGCAUAUAAAAUGGGCGGGCUAGUCCGUAUAUUAGAAUGGUACAGCCUAUUUUUAUAAAAAAAAAAAGAUGGUCUGCGCUUGAAGAUAGGAUGUGUGCCAUGCGCUAUAAUUACUAGAUCAAGUGAAAUUUGGUUAGAGAUAUCGGUUCACCGUCCACAUCUGUGAGUUGAGAAGAAUUUUUUUUGUUGCUGACAGACUGACAGAGUUCAACUCACUACAGCAGCACCAAUGAACAGUGCGAGAGACCUGCGCAUAUCGUCAGCAGCCACUUCUCCAGCCUCAAGCUAAGAUUCGUUGAAUCCGAAAUCACUGAGGAUUUUUUCCUCAUUCAGUUCAGCUAGAAACGAUUUUCCCCAAAAGUUUGAGGACAUAGGCAUCGGACACCGAAUAUAACCGACGCCCUUCUGCUCAGUGAAAGGUCCUCAUAUCGCAGCUAUGUGUGGAUGGAGCAGGAGAGCCUUUCUCUAUCUGUGGGCUUGUUUGCUUGUUGCCAACAGCGUAUUGAGUGGGAAAAGCUCUGGGCAGAAUGGUAUGACAGAUGAACAGAAAGAUAACACUACGGUUUUCACCAAGAUCUUAGAUAGCCUUCUGGACGGCUAUGACAAUCGCCUCAGGCCAGGACUAGGAGAGCGUGUAACUGAAGUCAAGACUGACAUUUUCGUGACUAGUAUUCGAACCACGACAUCCCACCUGCAGGAGUACACCAUUGAUGUCUUCUUCAGACAGAGUUGGAGGGAUGAGAGACUGAGGUUCAAAGGCCCCAUGUCAGUGCUUCGUCUCAACAACCUGAUGGCCAGCAAGAUCUGGACCCCAGAUACCUUCUUUCACAAUGGAAAGAAGUCAGUGGCCCACAACAUGACCAUGCCCAACAAAAUGCUGCGAAUUGAAGAGGAAGGCACUCUGCUCUACACUAUGAGGCUUACGGUGCGAGCAGAAUGUCCUAUGCACCUGGAAGACUUCCCAAUGGACGCUCAUGCAUGUCCACUGAAGUUUGGAAGCUACGCCUACACUCGAGCCGAGGUGGCGUAUGUGUGGACCAGAGGAGCUGCCCAGUCUGUGGUGGUGGCAGAGGACGGUUCCAGGUUAAACCAGUAUGAUCUGAUGGGACAGAGUGUGGAUUCUGGGGUGUUGCAGUCCAGCACAGGAGAGUAUGUGGUGAUGACAACCCAUUUCCACCUGAAGAGGAAAAUUGGUUACUUUGUGAUCCAGACGUACCUCCCCUGCAUCAUGACUGUCAUCCUUUCCCAAGUCUCAUUUUGGCUCAACAGAGAGUCCGUCCCUGCUAGGACUGUUUUUGGAGUGACCACUGUCCUGACCAUGACCACGCUCAGUAUCAGUGCUAGGAACUCUCUACCUAAAGUGGCCUACGCCACAGCCAUGGAUUGGUUCAUCGCUGUCUGCUACGCUUUUGUUUUCUCUGCUCUCAUCGAGUUCGCCACCGUCAACUACUUCACCAAGAGAGGUUAUGCCUGGGAUGGAAAAAGUGUGGUGCCAGAGAAGCAAAAGAAGAAGAAGGAUUCCCUCCUGAAGAAAAACAACACUACAGCCUACCCAGCUGCCACUGCAACAGCCUUCGCACCCAACAUUGCCAGAGACCCAGGACUGGCCACUAUUGCCAAAAGUGCACCACCACCUCCAACUGAGCCCAAGGAGGAGCCAAAACCCAAGCCUCCAGAGGCCAAGAAAACAUUUAACAGUGUGAGCAAGAUAGACAGGAUUGCCAGAAUAGCAUUUCCCCUGCUCUUUGGAACCUUUAACUUGGUCUACUGGGCAACCUACUUGAAUAAGAAGCCCAAACUGCAGGGGAUGAAUCCACACUAAUCCGUCUUUUAAUCUUUUGAAAUUCUAAAUGUAACUAUUUCAUUCUUUCUUUCGUAUUCCUCCUUAAAAAAAAGAUAUUUAUUUUCAAACAAACAUGGUGUCCAUGCUGGUUUGAACUCCCAGUUGUUGCAUUGCUUCGAUGUUUACUUAAAGAUUUUGAGGAUUUUGAAAAAAACUAAACAGAGAAAAAAAAAAACAAUAUUACAACAGUACUGACUUUGAAAGGCCUGUUGUUCACGGUGAGAAAAUACUAAUAUAAAUAAAUAGUCCAGAGAAUGCUAUUCUACAACCACUCAUAACCCAUAUCUGUACUAAAUAUUUAUUAUUCUAAUUAUUAUCAUUUACAUUUAUUUUUACCAGUGUGUCAGACAUGUGGGAAACCGAGCUAGCCUGGUAUGCACGAAUGAAACAUUAUUUUUUUGUUUAUUUAUUUAUAGAAUUACAGAUAAAUAUUUUUCAGAUGGCUUAACAUUUUAGAUAGAUCAGUAAAAUCAUCCACCUAGUCAUUGUCACCUCCCAUUCUUCCAUUCUAUGUAGAUGAUUUUGCAAUUUAGUAUUACAUCAUUCUUCGAAAAAAUAUUUUAGGGUUCCUGCAAGAGCAAUAAAACAUGUCUCAGUGGACACAGCAUUUAUCUAGGGGAUCAAAAAAGAAGUACGAAAAAAAGUCAAUCAGCUGUGCUCGGCAUAUGAACUACUAAUUUGCUUUCACGGCACUGUAAAUAUUCUCAUGUGUUAGAGGUGUCGACAUUGUUUAAGCUUCGCAAAUUUUACCUAAAGGCUAUGUUUGUUGAUUUCAUCCAAACGUGUUUUCACUUCAUUUCGUUUUAUAUGAAAGAGAUAUCUAUACCUUAUUAUAUAUAUAAAUCUAUAUAUAUAUAUAUACAGUAUAUAUAAAUAUAUACUGGUCUUCUUCAAGCUUAAGUGACUGUUUUUCACCAAGUUAGUGUUCCAUUGGAAGCUGCUUUCACACUGGGGUAAUAUAUCGGUCAGUUGUGCGUCUGUGUGUACACAAUGACAGCAAAGACAACAACACCAUCACUAGUGUAAACACAAACUGACCAGUCAUGAGUAAGAUUGUAUAAAAAAAAGACAUCUCAAACAUUUUAGAGCAUUUUACAUUUAGAAUAAUAAUAAUAAAAAAAUACUUAGAUGGUUUGUUUGGUGAGAUUGACGUGAUUUAUGACCUCAUUUGCCAAAACACCACUUCUAGCAAAGUACAGUUCACAUCACUUAAGGAAAGAUGGGGCAUUCUGAGAAGAAGUGCCUUUCCCAGUGUCAGAGGCGGAGGUGUGAUGGCUGUUACUUUGUUGAUUGAUGAAACAUCCAUGUUGACCAUGACGCUGUGUCCUGGAUCGUGUCUCUCACUAUGGCUGAAAAUUGAAAUAUAUACCCACUCAGAAAGUACCAGCUACACUGCCUUCAGUAUCACAUGCCUGUUUGGAUUCAUUUGCUGUUGUUGUUGUUGUUUGUUGGUGAGCAACAGCGAUAGACGGGGAAGGAGACAGAGGGAGACAGGGAGAGGAAUAGACGUUGAGUUGAGGUGGCACUGUAAUUUUACUUUAGCUGGUACUGUGUUCCGCACAGACUUGUCUUGCAGUUCUACCACAGUGAUAAAGAUUAAUAUAUUUUUGUAGCAUGAUGUCAGUACCCUCUAUAAAGAAGAAAAAAAACAAAACAACCAAAAGUAAGGCAAAUGUGAAAAGAAUGCUUUUGUUUUUGUCUUGAACUUGCUUGCUGUUUUUUUCCCCUGUUUUUUUAUUUAUUUAUUUUUUUCAAUUUAGAAAUGAUACUUUCAUCACCUGCCUCUUCUGUAAAAACGGCAUGUGACGGUUUCUGGACAGUCCUUCUAAAUUAUGUUAAUGUAGCAAUAUUAAUUAGCAAGGGCUUUUCUUAGGAACAUAACAUGACACUUAGCUCUUGGGGGGUUGUAUUCAUUGUAGCUUUACACUGAUUCCUCCUACUUGUAAUUUCUCUAUUAUGCUGUAUCUAGAAAAAUACUAUUGUUUUGGGGGUUUAGUUGUUGUUGUUAUUUAUUGCGUUUUGCAUCCCUGAUGAAGCAGGGUCUGACAUCGUUGUACACACACUCUGGACAUUUUCUGUGUAUUACUAUAGCUGUGGCUUUUCUCAGUAUGUGCACUUCCUGGCAGAAGAAAAACAAGAACUUUCUGUGUAUUUGCACCCAGAGGUGAGAGGGUAAUAAGAUUUAAAUACAACAACUGCUGUUGAUAUUGUUCUGAUUUGCAAUUAGAUUAUGAGCAAAACUGAUACUAUCCUCUAUUUUUUUGACAUCGUUGCAAUCAUCUGCAUGAAGUACAACAUUCAAAUCCACCAAAGCCACAGACAGAGGGUCAAGAAACAGCAAAGUUCAGGGUGAAGAGUUUUACAAAUGAUCCUAAUUCCAAAACUAUUGUAUGUAUGUUUAUUAUCAAGGAGAAAGGAGAUAUAUAUAUAUAUAUAUAAAAAUGUAUACAUAUGUAAUAUAUAUUAUGUAUGCAGAAUUUGAUUAUAUUAAUGAAGACAUUAACUCAAUGAUAAUUAAUAUUGUUUGCGUUAUCAACCUGUUGUUAUGCAUUUUGCACAUUUAGAAUUAACAGUUGCAUUUACAUUUAUAUAGUUAGCUUUGUGCUAUGCAAGGACAGCUUUGAACCACACCAUUUUCCCCCCAGUUGUUGUUUCCAAUACACAAGCAAUGGUAUAUAUAUAUA